UGGGCUGGCGCAGCGUUGAUGACGCGUCGCCGCGGGGCUCGGCACUUCCGCUGGCUUGUGUGUACUCGGCUGGCGACGCCCGGCGCCGCCCGCACCGCCGGCGCUUCUCCUCCGGCGCCCGCCACCCCGAUCCGACCCCAGCUGCCUCUCGGCCGUCGCCGGACCAUGGACUCCGCAGGCCAAGACAUCAAUUUGAACUCUCCUAGCAAAGGUAUGCUGUCUGACUUCCUGACUGACGUCCCUGUUGACCCAGGUGUGGCUGCUCGGACCCCUGCUGUGGAGGGUCUGUCAGAAGCGGAGGAGGAGGAGCUCCGGGCUGAGCUUGUCAAGCUACAAGAAGACCCAGGAAACGCUUUCACAGGCGGGACAGAAGACAUCUGCUGCCUUGUCCACUGUAAGCUCCGCGAUCAGCAGAAAGCUCGGCGACAUGAGGAACUCUGCAACCUUCAAGUCAUUUGA